GCAGCAGCCCUCGCAGGAGCCGAGAUGUUCGAGUGCAGCUUGGACGGUCUGACGUUGAAGCGGAUCUUUGAGGCUUUAAAAGACACGUGCACGGAGGUGAACUUUGUCUGUGACGCGGAUGGCUGCACGAUGCAGGCCAUGGACGACAGCCAUGUGGCCCUCGUCAGCACAAACUGGGGAGUCGACAUGUUCCAUAAAUACAGAUGCGAUUCUCAGGUCACUCUUGGGCUCUCCGUUGCGACCAUACUCAAGGCCACGCAACCCGUUAAGACGAAUAAGCACAUUGUGCAUCUGUCCACUUUAAAGGGAACAGAUGAAGAUGAAGAAGUUCUGCACAUCGCCAUCGAAGACCCAGAAAGGACAGACACGUGGCACAUGGAGGUGGCCCUUCUUUCUGUAGUGCAAGAAAGACUUCGUAUCCCUGACGAGCCAUACGCAUGUGUUUGCACGGUGGACGCGAAGGAGUUCCAGGAACUCUUGCGUUACAUUCAUUCGAUCGCCGAAAGUGUUCGUAUUAGGGGGGAAAAGGAUUCCCUCGUGCUCUCGGCCAAGGGAGAAAACCUCUCGGUGACCAGAGUCAUUCACGCGCCUGACAUGCAGUGCAGUGAGGUGUUCGAGCAGGACUUCGCCGUGCGAUACCUGUCCAACUUUGUUAAGGGAGCAAGUCUUUGUGAACGUUUAGAAAUAGCCAUGACCCACGGCACCCCGAUGCGUUUUACGUUCCCCCUGCCCAGCCCAGGACAGCAGAGUGCUGCUGUCAUGUCCAUCGACUCGGAUGAAGUCAGCUCUCUGCGGUUUUACGUCGCUCCCAAAAUUGACGAAGAGUGA